AUGUGUUGGCAGGACAGGUCCCACCGCGAGUCAGUAGCGCAGCAGCAGUGGCCCGAAACGGCAGCGUUUAUUCCUUCUCCUGCCGUCUGCGAGCUAUCUUUCCCUGUGACUCUUGCGGAGAACAUAAAGUUGGUGCCAUUGGACUCAUCGAAAUUACUAUCAGAGUCUGAUAUCUGCACUGCUAUUGGAUGGAGUUCCCCCGCACCAGACGCUAGAAGUCGAUUAUCAAUGGAAAACGCUCGAGUCCUACAAAAGGUGGUUCUAAAAGUUCUCGAUCCGUCUGAUUGCAAUAAUGAAGAAGAAGAAAGUAAAAAGCCUAGAUGCACAACCGGAAUGAUAUGUGCCUCCACAAGAAAUAAGGACAUUUGUCUGGAUGACACUGGAGGACCAUUAAUUUGCUCAGGUGUUGAUUUUGGUGUUGCUGCCUUUGAAAUGGAUUGUGGCCCAAGAAAUACAUUUUCUAUAUUCCAGUCCCUGGACACGGAAGUAUCCUCUCGACCUCUGGUCUUCCCACCUCAACCCCCUUUUCUCUCACCUCUACUCGCGCUCCCAUCCUUCACUUGCUCUCUCGCCCCCGCCCACUCGUGCCCACUUAGGCGAUCUGCCCGGUUGCCGCGGCCCGCCCGCCCGGCCGAGCGCGAGGAUUACGCGGACGUCGUUAGGGCGCGGGAGGGCGGGGCGGGGCGGGGCGGGGCUGGGCGAGGCAUAGAGGCGGCGAUGGCUCCUCGGUCGCGCCGCUCCGCCGCCUCCAGCUGGCGGCUAGUCGGCGACCGAGCGGAGCGGGAUUUUCGUAAGCCGGCAGCCAGACAUUCACCUGAAGACUUCUGGGAAUUAGAAGUAGGCGAGUUGUAG